AUGGCAAAAAGUUGUGGUGGCUUGCCAAUAUCCAUUGUGGUGCUUGCAAGAAUUCUAGCAAAUAAGGAUAAGUCACACCGAGAAUGGUCCAAGGUUAUGGAUCAUGUCAACUUAUAUCUCACUCGACCAGAAACACAGGUACUUGAUAUAGUACUUAAACUCAGUUAUGAUAGCUUGCCUUCAAGAUUGAGGCCAUGCUUUCCAUAUUUUGGUAUGUUUCCUGAAGACUACGAGAUUCCUAUUAGAAGCUUAAUCCAAUUAUGGGUAGCUGAAGGAUUCAUUCGUCAUAGUGAUCCCAUAAUUGUAGAGGAUGUUGCCAAGGACUGCGUGGAUGAGCUCAUUGAUCGUAGCUUAAUCCAAGUAGGGAGACGGAGAAGCGAUGGGGGCAUCAAGACAUGUCGGAUCCAUGAUUCGCUAAGAGAACUCUGCAUAUCUGAGAGCAUGGAGGAGAAGCUUUUUGAAGUUUGUAGGGAUACAGACAUUUUGAAGCAAAGCAAGCCCAGUAGGCUAUCCAUUCAAUGUAAUAUGUUUGAUUAUUUUGCUUCAAGCAACAAAGACCAUUCAAGCACUCGUUCUAUGCUUUGCUUUGACGACAACUCCCACUACCUUUUUGAUUCAAGUGAGUCAAAAAGGUUUUUGAAAUGUUUACAACUUGUUCGAGUGUUGGAUCUAUCAAGUUCCAACCACAAUAAGAUCCCUGCCAACUUAGGCAUGUUCAUUCAUCUAAAAAUAGAACUAGACCAUGUUGUUGAUGGACGUAUUCUAAUUGUGAUUCCUCAAUUCAUAUGCAAUCUUUGGAAUCUAGAAACUUUGGACUUAGGGCGUGGGCUACUAUAUGACGGGGAGGUGUCCUUUCCCAUUGGAAUUUGGAAGCUCAAGAGACUGAGGCAUCUUCAUACCCCUGCAUUUAUUAUUUUACCAGAGUUUCCAGAUGUGAAAGGCCAAACCAUGUGGAAUCUACAAACUCUAUCUCAUGUUGGCAUAAACAAAAAGUCAGCUAUUAUGUCUCUAAUAGGGAGAGGCGUAUUCCCAAAACUUAGGAGAUUGGGUUUGCGUUUUUCCGAGGAUGACACGCAUAAACAAGGGGUUGGUCAAGUGUGGGAAAACCUUGCAAACCUAAAUUAUCUGAAUGCAUUGAAGAUUUAUGACUUUCCUGAUAUUCCAUCAUCUGUCAAUGCCUUUCUUUCCAACCUUACAGAGCUAACAGUCUCAAGCACCAACUUAAAUAGUGAUGUCAUGAGCAUUUUGGGAAGUCUUGCGAAUCUCAGAAUUUUGAGACUAUAUUUUUGUAAGGUUGGAAAACGGUGGGAGGGAGCUGGCGGAGCUUCGUUGUAUUAA